UCUGUUCGUUCAUAGCUAACUACCGAGAACAGCAACUCGUGAUACCGACGACAGGUUCGGGAAAACUCGGUGCAAUAUGUACAAUUUCAAUUCGACCACCAUAGCCCUCAAGACACGAGAAAAUCCUACACCUUAUCAGUAUCGUAUAUAAGUCGUCAACGAUUAGUGGCAUAUCAAUAUAUCAAUCUCUCCAGAUCAUCCAUUCAAUCUGCAAUCUCAUGUCGGAACAAGAAGUCGUCACUGGUCUCUACUGGAAUAACUAUCUAUCUGUGACAGCAAUUACCGUGAUAUUCUAUGAGUACUUUCUUCUGUUGGACAAGGAGGCUAAAUACGUCUGGAAACGUCCAUGGUCAAUAAUGUCAUGCCUGUACCUCGUCGUUCGAUAUUUUGGUCUUUUCUUGGUACUACUGUGCGGCUUAUGGGGAGGGCUGUUGUACAUGCCUGAAUCGGUCAGCUAUAUUCUUGCCGUUCUGAUGGAAUGGGGUUUUUCAGUGUAUUUUUGCUUUGCGGAAGUCAUUCUCAUUUGGCGUCUUUACGCACUAUGUAACCAAUCCAAGCUCCUACUUUAUAUUCUAGUGGGACUGUUCUUACCCAUCGUUGCCCUCUCAAUCGGGACGGACAUAUAUCUAUACAGUCGACGCAAUGUGUUCUCAGUCAAAGAAUUUGUAGCUCAGAACACCAAGUACUGCACCUUUUCCUUCAACAUUGGGCCUAUGCCUGCGAUCUAUACUUCCAUCCCCAUUAGUAUGCUAUGAUGUUUUACUAGUUGUUCUCGCGGUCGCCAUCCUCGCAAGGCACCUUAAGGAACAAAGGGAAAUUCGAAUGAGGGCUAAUACAUAUAUGGUUAUGAUCGUUCGGUAUCAUAUCCUGUACUUUGUCCUGAAUGUGACAAACCAAAC